AAAUUACAAUGAAAACUUGAAUUCUCGGUGUGUUUUUUCUUUUUUGAGUGUUGGAAGAUGUCAUCUCUGGCUUUUCUUAAGAGUCUUCAGCUCGUCAGCUUUUGUUCACCAUCCUGGUUAUGUGCUUUCCUGAGCUUCUCACCACAUCUUCUCACAAGACUUUCAGAAUCAAGCGGUUUCUGGUCAAGAAGCAAAAGCAAAAUCACCCCAUUCCCCCGUGGAUUUGGAUGAAAACUGAUAACAAAAUCAGGUACAACUCCAAGAGAAGACACUGGAGGAGAACCAAGCUGGGUCUGUAAGGAAUUGCUUCAGAUGCCCACACAUUUAUGCUCUACCAUGAACCAGUCAAGCUGAAAUGUCAAUACUGCCUGGACUAACAGUUGGGCAUUUUUAAAAUUGAUUUUUCUUUGGUUAUUUUAAA